CGGAUGUUAUCACAGUUUGAUGAACAGGAGGUGUAGUGCCAGAGGUUUGCCAUGUACCUGGAUAGAUACAUGGCGUGAUUAGGUCAGGACUUGGUCUCUUCGUAUGGUAUAAGAUGCUGCUCCAACCCGAACGACACAACAAGUCAGACUGGAAGCAUCUGCUUCGAGACUACCCUUAAAGUGCUGAUGUUUACGAGCCGUCCAAUGUUCCCAGUGUGCAAUGUCACCCACGAAUGCUGCGCAGGAGGUGCAGCGAUUCGAUCUCAUGACGACAAUGCAGGCUUAGAGACGUUAGUUUUGUUUCCUGCGCCUUCAAAAACAGGACAGAUGGAGUCAUGUUAAGAGUCAGUGUGCAAGGCGAGAUAAUACAUAUCUGUUAUCGAUAGCAGUUCAGCCCUACGCGAGUCAUAGCUCCAAAGUUCGUGCUCUUGAAUUCUCCGCGACUGAAACACCAAAGCCUCAUUCACAGUCGCCAUGGCUGACGCGGAUGAAGACGUCUCGCAUUUGGGCGCGCAAGAAGGAGCAGAGAAUGACCCUACCGAAGAAGCGCAAGACUUCCGCUUUCUCGACAAGCUCAUAGGAGGCCACGAUGUAGCGCAUCUAUCUCUUCCCAAGCGUGGAGAGAAAGACUUCGAAUCGCACUCAACGAACCUACAACUCGACACACUCGAAGCCUCGCGGCGGGCCAUGCACGGCGUACUGUCCUGGCAGCGAACGCAUACACAGAAGAACCACAUCUUGGCGCAAUACCACCCAGAGACAAACACAGUCUGCGUAGACAAAGUCAAGUCGCAACACUUCCAGACGAUCGGACGGUCGAGAGGCGGGAAGGAAUGGUUGCUGCCCGAAGAAGCGCUGUUUAUGAUCGAGAGAGGAAGCCUGGACUGCAGAUGGCCUGUCAAGAAAAAGGAGGGAGACGAGCAAAGCUACAAGACAGAGGAUGGCGCGCCAAUGAGCUUACAAGCAGCUUAUGCGGCGUUCAUCGGCUACGAAGAAGGCGUGGGCGGGAAGUUGACAUUGGAGAUGUAUAACGUGUACGCAGGACUGAAGAGGUCUGGGUACGUGGUGUUCCGCACAGGCACAUGGAAUGAGGAUCGGGGAGACCUAUUGAUCAACUACUCAAAUUCGCAGGUCGAAGGCAGACUUGGAUCGAACAUCUUCACUCGCUUCUUCUCCGAGAUCUGGCGGCGAAUAAGCCAGCCAUCCUACACGAUCGCACCCGCAAACCUUUCAUUUGGCCCGCUCAUCAAGCCCGGGCUCUAUCAAAGCUACAGUGACGUAUUCCGCCUCAUGCAGAUCAUUCCUACGCACGAUCGCAAGACGCCACCAUCUUUCACCCUCCCUCCAGCCGCCGAGAACCCCUUCCGUGUACACUUCGACGUCUACAGAACCACAUCAGGUUUCCGCAAGACUGCACGUGGAACUCCUGACUUCCGCAUCUGCGUCAUCAACGCGCGCGAAACACCUAUCCCAACAGGCGCACAACUGAACGAUCUGUUUGCACAGGUGCCGGAAGACAGACCGAAAGCUGGCACACAGCACUACCAAAAGCUGAAGCAUGGAUGCAGGAAUGUACUCCUGGCUGUUGUUGACAACGGAGUGCCUAGCUACAUCAGAGUAGCUGAUGCGCCGUUCGACGAGGUCAAGAUCUAUGAGCGCACAUGGACUGGGCCAAGAGGCAAGGGCGGGAGAGGAAGAGGCGGUGGCAGGGGUCGAGGCAGAGGCAGGGGAAGAUGAAGAUCGAUGACUUUGCGGCAAUCCAAGUUAUCGGGCACCGUCUUUGACGUCUAACGCAAGAGAUCACAUUGGAAGGUUCGACUGCAUAGAAACCCGGCGUAUCCUGUCGAUGCUUUCUUAAUCGUCUCAGACCCGUACCUUGCGCGGACUAUCGAUAGUACUCGUCUGAAAUACAAACAGCAGCCACAGGAGAUGAAUGACUGUCACAGCGUUUGACGUAGGGACGGUUCACUGCUUCGCUACGCAUCCCGGAGAGGGAUUAAAGGAUGCGUGCCACACCAGGAGUACGAUAUAAAAUGUCAGGAAGUACAAU